AUGUCGUUGAGCCCCAAGCACACGACGCCCUUCUCCGUGUCCGACAUCCUGAGCCCCAUCGAGGAGACCUACAAGAAGUUCGGCGGCGCCAUGGAUAGCGCGCCGCCCGGCCUGGGGGCGUCCCUGGGGGCCGCGGCCGCCGCCUACCGUGCGCCGCCGCCGGGUCCGUCCUCCCAGGCGGCGACCGUGGCGGGCAUGCAGCCUCCGCACGCCAUGGCGGGCCACAACGCGGCGGCGGCGGCUGCGGCGGCGGCGGCGGCAGCGGCGGCGGCCGCCACCUACCACAUGCCGCCAGGCGUCUCGCAGUUCCCGCACGGCGCCAUGGGUGGCUACUGCAACGGCGGCCUGGGCAACAUGGGCGAGCUGCCCGCCUACACGGACGGCAUGCGGGGAGGCGCGGCUGCCGCGGCCACCGGCUGGUACGGCGCCAACCCGGACCCGCGCUACUCGUCAAUCUCCAGGUUCAUGGGGCCGUCGGCGGGCGUGAACGUGACCGGCAUGGGGUCGCUGACGGGCAUCGCGGAUGCCGCCAAGUCGCUGGCGCCCUUGCACGCGGCGGCGGCGGCGGCGGCGGCGGCGCCGCGCAGGAAGCGCCGCGUGCUCUUCUCGCAGGCGCAGGUCUACGAGCUGGAGCGGCGUUUCAAGCAGCAGAAGUACCUGUCGGCGCCCGAGCGGGAGCACCUGGCCAGCAUGAUCCACCUGACGCCCACGCAGGUCAAGAUCUGGUUCCAGAAUCACCGCUACAAGAUGAAGCGGCAGGCCAAGGACAAGGCGGCACAGCAGCUGCAGCAGGAGGCCGGCCUGGGCCCGCCGCCGCCACCGUCCCCGCGCCGCGUGGCCGUGCCGGUGCUGGUCAAGGACGGCAAGCCCUGCCAGAACGGGGCCGGCCCGCCGACGCCCGGCCAGGCCGGCCCGCAGCCGCCGGCGCCGACGCCCGCGCCCGACCUGGAGGAGCUGUCUCCGAGCCCGCCCGCGCUGCAUGGCCCGGGGGGCGGCCUGGCAGCCCUGGACGCGACCGCGGGGGACUUCGGCGGCGGCACGCUGGGCGCCAACCUGCUCUACGGCAGGACGUGGUGA